AUGAGGACUCCCGUCGAGUACAAGGCAGCUGAUCAUCCCGAGCGACCUACCCAUCCCACCAAUGAAGAGAUUGAUCCCAACGCUGGAAAGGUUGCCCUAGCUCCUGCCCAGCCUUGGGGUACUGGUAUCCUUGGUGAUAUCAAGAGAACUGUUGGAACCCACUGGUUUGCCGAGAUGACCAACUUCAACCAAAAGACAAUUGCUGUCUCUUGUUUGAUUUUCAUCUCCAUCAUCCCUCCUACCUUGGCCUUCGGUGCCAGUUAUGGAAAGAUGUCCAACCAGAAGAUGGGUGCCAUUGAAACCAUCCUUGCCACUUCCUGGAUUGGGAUUGCCUACAGUCUCAUUGGUGGAAUGCCCAUGUGUAUCAUUGGGUCCACUGGGCCCGCCUUGGCUAUCUCUACUGCUAUCAAGAACAUUGCUGAAGGUGCUGGCAUUGAAUAUAUCAACUGGAAUGCCUGGAUCUCCAUUUGGCUUUUUGGUUACUGCUUUGCUGCUGGGUUCUUUGAUUUGACCCGCUAUGUCCGCUUGGCCACCCGUUUCACUGAUGAAAUCUUUGCCUUGCUCAUUGUGGCCAUCUUUGUGAUGGACGCUGUUGGUGAUCCUUUCAGUCCUUCUGGUAUCCUUCGCUACCUUGACCCCAACCACAGGAGCCAUGGUGAAUACGAAGAUGAGGUUGACUAUGAAUACUUGACUGUUGGUUUCUUGAGUGUUAUCCUUGGUUUUGGGACCACCGCCCUUAUCUUCUUCUUCCGAAGCUUCAAGUUCUCCUCCUUCUUCUGCAAUGACAUGAUCCGAACUUCUGUCCAUGACUUUGCUGUCACGAUGAGUGUUGUCUUCUGGACUCUUAUCAAGGAACUUCUCUUCCCUGAGGUGCAGACCGAAGGCCUCCAAGUUCCAGACAAGUUUGAGCCAAGCUUCCAGUGCUGUACUGAAGCCUGUGACACUUUCUGGCCUGACGAGUGCCCUGAACAAGAAGACUCUGUUGGUGCCCGCAGCUGGUUUGUUGACCUUGGUGGUGUGCCAAGCUGGGCUCCCUUUGCUGCUGCUGGCCCUGCCAUCAUGGCCUUCUUGCUUUGCUACCUUGACAAUGGAAUCACUUGGCACUUGAUCAACCACAAGCACCACAAGCUCACCCAUGGAGAAGCCUACAACUACGACCUCUGCUUGAAUGGUCUCUUUAACUGUGUCAAUGGAUUGAUGGGUCUUCCCUGGAUGCUCAUGAGAAUUCCUCAGUGUCCAGGAAACUCGUUUGACCAUGUUCUUCUCUCAUCUUUUCUUGGGAUUGACUAUGGCUGCCUUGAGUGUUCUGAAGCUCCUCCCUCUUCCUGUCCUUUAUGGAGUGUUCCUCUUCAUGGGUCUGUCUUCUUUGCCUGGUAUUCAGUUCUGGAACCGUUUCCUCCUCUUCUUCAGCCACCAAGCCGUUACCCUGAGACUGUCUUCUUGAAGUACAUGGAGAGCAAAAGAGUUCACAUGUACACCGUCUUCCAAAUGUGUUUCUUUGCUGGUAUCUUUGUUGUGAUGAAUGUCAAGGCCAUCUCCAUUGCCUUCCCCUUCAUGACUUUCUUGUGCAUUCCCUCCCGUCUGUUCUUCCUGCCCAGGUUCUUUGCUGGAUGGGAAUUGACCUUGUUGGAUGGUGAGGAAGAUAGCAUUGAAGAGUGGGUGCAGCUCAAGCAGGACUCUAUUCGCUCAUUCAACUUGCAACAAGACCAAUCUGGCAAGUUUGACGAUGACAGUGACAGUAUGGGCACCUCAGAGCCGAUGACUGCUGAUGUUCCUGUUGCCAGUGUUGCUGAGGCCAGGUUCUUGUCCGACGACAUUUCGGUCUAA